AUGGCCCAAUCUCAGAAAGAAGUGCAAAACAUGCAGCUAAUUCAAGAACUAGAAAUAGAAAUGAUGGCUGAUAUGUACAACCGUUUAACUGCCGCUUGUCACAAAAAAUGCAUUUCGCCAGUUUAUGGUGAUGCGGAAAUUGCGAAAGGAGAAGCAGUUUGUAUAGACAGAUGUGUUGCUAAAUUCCUAGAUAUUCAUGAAAGAAUAGGAAAAAAAUUAGGACAAAUGUCAGGGCAAGACGAAGCAUUAUUAAAAAAGUAGUAAUUUGUAUUACUUUCAGUAGUUGUUACAUUUUAUUAUGUUACUUUAGUUCCUACUCAAAUAUAUAGUUAAUAUAA